AAUCUAAACGCAAUGUAUAUGCUAGGCCAAACUAAUAUUUAAGGGGCAUCGACAAUUGAAAUGAAGAAAGAGGAAGCCGUUAUUACUCAAAAUGUCAGAGCAACAUUAUUUGGUCGGCUCUACUAAACUGGGGCAGUUAAGCUCUGACUGAAAGGAUUAAAUAGAAGCACAUGAUGAUUGAACCCGUGAUUUUCACUAGGAGCAGAGCUCAUUCCACGGACUAAAUGAAUGAAUUUCCCUUUCUUUUCUUUCUUGACACUAGCCUGCUUCUCUCCAUCUAGUCCAUGAUGGCAUCCCCAAGGCUGGAGACGUUCUGCUGCCCAAACAGAGAUGCAUCGACCGAAUUUGUCAUUACUUUUCAGCCCCUCUUCUUUGGCGCCAUUUGCAUCGGCAGCGCAAGUUUAAGUUUGAUAUUUUCUAUACUACAAAUUUUGCCCAAACGUAGGGGUUACAGACGCCUUGGACAAUACCCCCUUCCCAAACCAGCGUCUUCGUCAAGAAUAUUGUUCAUCAUCACAAUAUGUGAUAUACUGGGAUGCGCAGGUAUCAUAGUGCGGUCUUCCAUCUGGCUGGGUUUGCCCAACCUCAUCACAGGGAUCAGCGUUGCCAACAACAGCGACGUGUGGCCGGAGGUGUUCUGUGUGGGAAGUGCAAUGUGGAUCCAGUUGUUUUUCAGUGCGUCCUUCUGGUGGACCUUCUGUUACGCUGUGGACGUCUUUCUGGUGGUCAAAAGAUCUGCAGGAAUCAGCACCAUCGUCCUCUAUCACAUGAUCACAUGGGGUUUAGCCGUGCUGCUGUGUGUGGAGGGGAUAGCCAUGCUCUACUACCCAUCCAUCUCCAGCUGUGAGGAUGGCCUGCAGCAUGCUGUCCCUCACUACAUCACCACCUAUGCUCCUCUCCUGCUGGUGCUGAUAGUCAAUCCAAUGCUGUUCGCCAGGACCGUCUCUGCAGUGACAUCAUUACUGAAGGGACGACAAGGAAUCUACACAGAAAAUGAGAGACGCCUGGGAACAGAGAUAAAAAUACGCUUUUUCAAAAUCAUGCUUGUUUUCUUUGUUUGCUGGCUCCCCAACAUCAUCAAUGAGAGCCUGCUGUUUUAUCUGGAGAUGCAGACGGACAUAAAAGCCGGUGACCUUAAGAAUGUACGCAACGCAGCCCUCAUCACUUGGUUCAUCAUGGGCAUCUUGAACCCCAUGUCAGGCUUCCUCAACACGUUGGCCUUCCACGGCUGGACGGGCUUGGACAUAGACUGCAGCCUGCAGAGGAGGAGAGAGCUGGCCUGGGACUCCUCCACCUCUGCGGCUAAUGUAGGGGGAUACAAUCCCAUCGUGGGCUCCACACUACUCUACCAGAGCCACGUUCAGGAUGCCAAGAACAUGACCGGCAAGAACAUGACGGGAAACGGACAGCCACCCUCUGACGCCAUCAGCGUCCUAUCAGAAGGUUCAGAGUCUAGUACAAUUGAAAUCCACAUGUCCACUGAGCACCGAGACUAUGAGGAUAUAGACGCAGAUGGAGAGUCGUUGGGGAGCUCUGCAAAGCACUAGCCGGAGCCAAACGCUUCUGCGUCGUCCUCCACCAGCCUCCACCCUCUGCACCCUGUAUCCCUCCACCUACUCCCCCCUCAAGAGCCUCCGGUGGUGUUAAACACGAUCGGUCUACCUGUACCGUUCCGGUUCUCUUUACGGUUGCCUCAUUACUACUGUAAACCAGUUAAAAGGUUUGAUGUUAUGUAAGAGCACAUCCCUCGUCUGUCCCACUAUGUUCAUACGUGACCAGUCCCGAUGGAAUAGCCAGUUACUUUGUAAUUGCACUGAGCACAUCCUUAAUUAGCAUUUGCUGAAGACUGUGUGGUGUUACAUUAUUGAACCAUCAACUGUACAGUAAUGGAUAAGUCCCCAGGGCUUCCUCGCCGCCUCAUGUUCAAUUCAGAUAGUCAAUAGUACAAACCUGACAUUUCCUAAUAGGUUUUCCAUCAGUCGGCUGCCCUUUAAAUGUGCCUUAAUUACUGCAGAAGCAUGUCUUUGAUUAAAAACUUCUGCACAUUAAGUCACGUCUUGUUAACAAUUAGCUACCAAAAGCAUAAAAUGACUAUUUUACCUGA